AUGCUUUAUAUGUGUGCAACAAAAUUCGAACUUAUUUCAGUUGGGGAGUCAGCUCUUCUUGAACAGGAGAGAGGCUCACUACCACCCCUCCCUUCUCUGGAUCCUAUUAGUGAUAGUAAGCAGGCCGAAGAUGAAGAUAUAGUGACUGAGAUCCCCUCUCAGCUACUACAGCCUCAGGCUCAGAGUGAAAAUACUAGACCCAAGAGACCUCGGAGUAGAAGCACUCAAUCCCAGGAGAAUGAAGUUAUGCCUGAACCGGCUGAUCUGGAGAAUACACAACGACCUAGUCGAGUACGGAAGAAGACCAGGAUGCCAGAAGGAUUUGAAAUUGGAACCCCAUAA